CCUGACAGUCCUCCUUGUUUGGGGCCGAAUGAACAGGCUCGCAGGCGUAUGGGCUGUGUCCUGGCCCUCAGCAUUUCCUCUGAAGGAAGAUGAGCGUAGCAGAGGAGGAACUUCACCGGUCCAGAGGACUUGCACAUGGAGAGUGCAAGUUUCCCUGUUUUAGCAGAAAGGCAAUGACACUGGUAGAACCGCAGGCCUGCACGUAUCCAUGCCAGUGUCCCUCCCAGCCUCUGCAGUGCCCCGCUGGCACCAGCCAUGUGUUGGAUGCCUGUGGUUGCUGCAAGGUGUGUGCCAGGCAGCUUGGCGAGCUCUGUUCCCUGCAGAAACCCUGUGAUCAUCACAAGGGACUCUACUGCGACUUCUCCAAAACCCACAGAGGCAGCGGGAUCUGCUUAGCUCACGAGGGCGCAACUUGUGACCUGCUGGGCAAGAUCUACCACAACGGGGAGAGCUUCCAGCCCACCUGCAAGCUGCAGUGCAUCUGCAUGGACGGGGCCAUCGGCUGCAUCCCCCUCUGCUCCGACGACCUGCGGCUGCCGUCCCCCGAGUGCCCCAACCCCCGGCGGGUGAAGUUCCGCAACAAGUGCUGCGAAGAGUGGGUCUGCGAGGAGGGCAGCGAGGAAAACCGCUUCGAAACCGCCAUGGCGGUGUUCAGGGAGGAUCCAGCACACAAGCCGGAGCUGAAUAACCUGCAGGAGAACUGCCUGGUGCAGACCACGGAGUGGAGCGCUUGCUCCAAGAGCUGCGGCAUGGGCAUCUCUGCCCGAGUAACCAACGACAACCCCCAGUGCCGCCUGGAGAAGGAGACCCGGCUCUGCAUGGUCCGGCCCUGCGACUUCCCCGUGGAGAAAACCAAGGGGAAGAAGUGUGUGCGGACCCCAAAGCCACGCCAGAGCCUCCGUUUCGAGUUUUCGGGCUGCACCAGCACCCGUUCCUACCGGCCCAAGUUCUGCGGCAGCUGCACGGACGGCCGCUGCUGCACCCCGUACCUCACCAGCACCGUGGAGGUGGAGUUCCGCUGCCCCGAGGGGGACUUCUUCCAGCGGAAGAUGAUGUUCAUCAAGAUGUGCUCCUGCCACUACGACUGCCCCCGAGACAACGACAUCUUCCUGGCCACGUAUCACAGGAGGAUGAUUGGAGAUCACGUCAAGACAGAGAGGCAGUAGCCCUCUCCGUGCCAGAUCCACAGGCCAAGGUGUCAAGAGGGCUCUGCAGUGCUUUCGUGGCUGUAGGACAAUGCAGCCUCUUCCCCCUCUGUGAGGGGCUGUGCUCUUUAGGACAGCACCGUUCACCACCAGUGGUCCCAGUGGCCCUUCCUAACAGGCCGAGGUGUGUGAGGGAACAGCCCCGCCUGCCCCAGGCUCCUGACCUUCACCCGUGGUGGUGCAAAGGUCUCUGAAGGAACCAGAAACAGGCUUGAGCUGCAAACUUGAUCCAUGUUCCCACUGACCAGAUGGGAGAGUGGAUCAAAGCCGCGUGGCUCCAGCCUGUCUCCAGCUGAGAGCACAGCGGGUGCAGUUGCCCGUGGCCACCGGCCUGCCAAACCCAUGCGGCGAACCCCGAGCGUGGGACGGGGCAAGCCCAGGAGGCCUGAGCUGAAGCCAAGCUCUGCAGCCUGCUUGCCAGCAGAGCGGGGCUCCACUGCGCGCUGAUGCGAAGCUUCUCAGUGAGGAAAGUGGUCCCGGACCCGUGCUGGGCUCCUGCUGAGUUUUUCAAUUGUUUUUUAGCAAAUUGGAUCAGUUGGCAAAAACUCUUCCCCAUCCUUGUGCCCACCUUUCACCCUCCCACGUGCUUUCCCUCCAGCAGCUUUGUCCCAGAUCAGUUUGCUCCUAAGAGAGGCCGGAUCAUCUGCUGGGUGACCCACUCUCUGGGCAGCUCAAGGCUGGGAUGCCUUUUUUCCCCCUUAAAUUCCUUUUAGCCUCGUGUGGCAGUGAGGGUGACAGUGAGGACAAGGAAACAACAAGCUGUGUCGUGUCGCUGCAGGAGACUGUGGCUCAGGGACUUCCCCAGAAGAUCUGAGCCCAGGUAGGAGUUUCUUCACAGAAGAAGGGAUUUGGCCAGGCUGUAGCUUUGCCUCUGGGGCUCGCAGGGCAGUGUCCCUGGGGCCUGUUUCAGACCUGAGGAGCUCUUCCAGGCUGAAACACGUCCCCUGCGGGUGCUGCUCCUGACAGUUUUUGGUGCCGUGAUGAGCGUGUCCUCUUGUCCCUUUUGGUAAUCUCUUCAGAAAUGGCUCCGGGGUGGGAGAGGGGCUGGAGUCCACCAGCUCAUACAUCCACAGUGGGGCUGCAGCUCCGUUUUCAACUCCGGAGUCUUUGCCGGUGGGUCAGAAGUCGGAGGAAUGUGGUUCAGCCCCGGUCUCCCCGGGGGGAGUUUAAGGCAGUGGCAAGAAAAAUGCCCGUAUUUGUAAAUGGAGCGGAUCCCUCCUGGAGUUCCCGGGGCAGUGGCACGGGAAGCUGCGUGGUGCCGGGGUCUGCAGCUGUGGGAUUCCCUUCUUGCCAGACCCCUGCAGUGUCCCCGCCGUUAAGGACGUGCCGAGUGCCGGCCCCCAGCCCGGCUGGCCCAGCUCCGUGCACCUCGGCAGCUCCACCGCAUCUCCGAAGCCUCCGUCAUCCCGUUGCGUUCAGCCUCUGCUGAUUUUUAGCAGGAACAUCCAGGUAAAGGGCCUGAUCUCAUUCCUGACAUCUUCCCUGCCUUUCACCACUGGAAAUCGCGAUGCAUUCCUGUCCCCGCCGGGCAGGAGCAGGGGCCACGCUGCAGCUCCGAGGCUUUACCCCACCACAUCCCCCCCCCCAAAGCAGAACCCGGUGCCCGAGGACAAUCCCAGCCGCCCGCGACCGCUGCCCCGCGGCCCGUAACCCCGCCGAAACGCCACCUCGGGGCCCGUGUCUCCCCUCAGCCCCUCUUUUCUUACUCUCCCAGCCUGCGGAAGCUCGUGAGCCUUCAGCCUCCUGUAAUCAAUUUGAACUGUAAAUAAUUUAUCUGAUGUUUUCUCUUGUUUUUGUUUGGUUUUUUUUUUUUUUUUUUUUUUUUAGAGGCCUUUGUACAGUUCUUGUAUCCUUUUAGCACAACCUUGCUCGGGGCCUUUUCUCCCCUUGCCCUCCAGGUCUGCUCUGAACUUUUCUGCCUGCCGUUUAAACGGCUUCUGAGUGUAAAACUACGCCGAGGUUGCACUUUACUCAACGCUAAUAAAUACUGCUUUAUUUUUUA